CUUUUAUCACUUUCUGCAAUAAUGGCACCAAGCAAAUUAGAACCCUAUUCCUUAUCUCUCUAAAGUUCCUUUGUAAUCUGGUGACAAUUUGCAGGUUUACACUAUGAAGACAAGUAGCAACCUAUAAUUACAAUUAAGGACAAUACCCACCUCAUGAUGUGAACCAAUCCAAUUUCAGAAUUAAUGCAAAAGACCAGUCUCUCUGCUACAUUUGGAAGAUUCUGAAAAUGGGGUUUUCUCUGGCUGGUCCGUUGGGUGUUCAUGUAUCUCUCAAAAUUCCUCUUCACAGGACUGUAAAGAUUCCAACUUUCAGUGAGAAAAGAGUAAAUUUCAAGUUAACAAAGGCUGAGCCUCAACCAGGAAGGUUUUGUUGCUGCAAACUUGAUUAUGUUGAGUUUGAAGAAAGAACAAGCCCUAAUGAGGUCAAGCAAGAAAUAGAACAAUGCUAUGAACUCAUACACAGGAUUGGGAGGGGUGUUGUGUACUUGGGUUCUUCAAGGAUGGGGCCUAACCAUCCACAUUACACACAAGCACUGGAGUUAGGCAGAGAGGUUGCAACCCUUUUGGACUGUGCCUCAUGGUCAGGGGCUGGGCCUGGUCUCAUGGAUGCUGCCACUAAAGGGGCUUUGCAAGCAGGGAAGCCAGUCGGGGGACUUAAGAUAGGUAAAGAAGCUGGAGAGUGGGUGGCCACAGCGUUCCAUCCAUAUCUACCUUCAGAGACUUAUCUUACUUGCCGGUUCUUUUCUGCAAGGAAGCACGGAUUGGUGGAUGCUGCUGUUAGGAGCAGUAGUUCUGAUAGGACAGCUGUAAUUGCUCUCCCUGGUGGGAUUGGCACUCUAGAUGAGGUUUUCGAGAUUCUGGCAUUGAUUCAACUGGAAAGGAUUGGAUCUUUACUACCAGUUCCCUUUCUUUUGAUGAACUAUGAUUCUUUCUAUUCCAAGCUGCUAGACUUUCUUGAUGACUGUAAGGACUGGGGUACUCUCUCAGACGGAGAGGUUGCAUCAUUGUGGAAAGUCUGUGAUAGUAACUCAGAAGCUCUGGCGUAUUUGGCAGAUUUUUAUGAUCUUUCUCAUGGUGACCAAGGUUGAAGAGAACUAGAGAAGGCAUCUUUUGAUUUAAUAAGGAAGAUAGUGUCAAAGAAGUGUGAAGGAGAAAUAAUGUUGUUUCUCUUUUAAGAAGUGUGUGCCCAGUGCUGAUGCUGCUUGGUGCUUCUGAGCCCCGAAUCUGAUACAAUGCAGAAGAACCUGGAAUGCAGCUGCUGUGAAAAUUUUUAUAACUUAGUACAUCAAUUGUGGAAUCACACAUCUAAUCAUGUAUAACUCAUGAGUUAUCUAGUGUAAUAAGACACUCUUUCCAAAAUUUCUAUCAUAUGUAAGGGUAAGUUUCAUAGAAUGUCAGAAGAGCUCUGUUCCUUCCUCAAAUUAGAAUAUCUGAUACCUUGGUAGGAGGUGUGAUUAUGCCAUCCAUGUUUAUGUGCUCCCUAACAUUGUGGUAAACAAAU